CGGCCGCGGCGAGGCUGGCGCUGGGAAGAGGAAGAAGAACAUUCGCCCUCCUCCUACCAGCGCGCGGGCGGCGGCGGCGGCGGCACCGGGGUCACGAACUCUGACCUUUCACUGACAAAAACAAUAACAAACCCCCCCUUCCCCGCGACCCCGGCGGCGCCCCCGGGCCCGCCCCCGUCGCCCCCGCUCCCACCUCGGCGUCUCGUCUCUCGCCUGCUGCCCCGCGAGCCCGCGGCCCCGGGGCUCCCGCCAUCCGCCAACGCCGGGAGCCCGGCCUCCCCGCGCCCUGCCCUCCGCGUCGGGGGCCGCCCGCCGCAGACACGGGACCUGCUUCGAGGCCGCUUUGGCGCCAAAUCCUGAGGUUCUCUAAUGAUCUUGCUUCACCAUGGCUACAAAUAUGGAGGGGCUGGUUCAGCACAGAGUGGGGACCCAGCAGGUGGCUGAGGUACCACGGACACAGACCUCUCGGCCGGAAUCUCCAGGGAUGACCAGCCCCUCCCCGCGCAUCCAGAUAAUCUCCACCGACUCUGCGGUAGCUUCACCUCAGCGAAUUCAGAUUGUGACAGACCAGCAGACAGGACAGAAGAUCCAGAUAGUCACCGCAGUGGACGCCUCCGGAUCCCCCAAGCAGCAGUUCAUCCUGACCAGCCCAGAUGGAGCUGGAACUGGGAAGGUGAUCCUGGCUUCCCCGGAGACAUCCAGUGCUAAGCAGCUCAUAUUUACCACCUCGGACAACCUUGUCCCUGGCAGGAUCCAGAUCGUCACGGACUCUGCUUCUGUGGAGCGCUUGCUGGGUAAGGCCGACGUCCAGCGGCCACAGGUAGUAGAAUACUGUGUGGUCUGUGGCGACAAAGCCUCUGGCCGUCACUAUGGGGCUGUUAGUUGUGAAGGUUGCAAAGGUUUCUUCAAAAGGAGUGUAAGGAAAAAUCUGACCUAUAGCUGCCGGAGCAACCAAGACUGUAUCAUAAACAAACACCACCGGAACCGCUGUCAGUUUUGCCGGCUGAAAAAAUGCUUAGAGAUGGGCAUGAAGAUGGAAUCUGUGCAGAGUGAACGGAAGCCCUUUGAUGUACAACGGGAGAAACCAAGCAAUUGUGCUGCUUCAACUGAGAAAAUCUAUAUCCGGAAGGACCUGAGAAGUCCUCUGAUAGCCACUCCCACAUUUGUGGCAGAUAAAGAUGGAGCAAGACAAACAGGUCUUCUUGAUCCAGGGAUGCUUGUGAACAUCCAACAGCCUCUGAUACGUGAGGAUGGUACAGUUCUCCUGGCCACGGAUUCCAAGGCUGAAACAAGCCAGGGAGCUCUGGGCACACUAGCAAAUGUAGUAACCUCCCUUGCCAACUUAAGUGAAUCCCUGAACAAUGGUGACGCUUCGGAAAUGCAGCCGGAGGACCAGUCUGCGAGUGAAAUUACCCGGGCAUUUGAUACCUUAGCUAAAGCACUUAAUACCACAGACAGCUCCUCACCUCCAAGCCUAGCAGAUGGGAUAGAUGCCAGUGGAGGAGGCGGAAUCCACGUGAUCAGCAGAGACCAAUCCACACCCAUCAUUGAGGUCGAAGGGCCCCUCCUUUCAGACACUCAUGUCACAUUUAAGCUCACGAUGCCUAGCCCGAUGCCAGAGUACCUCAAUGUGCACUACAUCUGCGAGUCAGCAUCCCGCCUGCUUUUCCUCUCCAUGCACUGGGCCAGGUCAAUCCCAGCCUUUCAGGCACUUGGGCAGGACUGCAACACCAGCCUGGUGCGGGCCUGCUGGAACGAGCUCUUCACCCUUGGCCUGGCCCAGUGUGCCCAGGUCAUGAGUCUCUCCACUAUCCUGGCAGCCAUUGUCAACCACCUGCAGAACAGCAUCCAGGAAGAUAAACUUUCUGGAGACCGGAUAAAGCAAGUCAUGGAGCACAUCUGGAAGCUUCAGGAGUUCUGUAACAGUAUGGCGAAGCUGGAUAUAGAUGGCUAUGAGUAUGCAUACCUUAAAGCUAUAGUUCUCUUUAGUCCUGAUCACCCAGGUUUGACCAGCACAAGCCAGAUUGAAAAAUUCCAAGAAAAGGCACAGAUGGAAUUGCAGGACUAUGUUCAGAAAACCUACUCGGAAGAUACUUACCGAUUGGCCCGGAUUCUUGUUCGCCUGCCAGCACUCAGGCUGAUGAGCUCCAACAUAACAGAAGAACUUUUUUUUACCGGUCUCAUUGGCAAUGUGUCAAUAGACAGCAUAAUCCCCUACAUCCUCAAGAUGGAGACAGCAGAGUAUAACGGCCAGAUCACCGGAGCCAGCCUAUAGUGAGCACCACACGCCUGCUGAGAAGCAAAAGGAUCCUUCCAGGACUGCUCAGAGACCGAGAAAAUAAAGUAAUGGUAUUUUGGUAUGUGCAAAUAUUUCCAGUAUGUUAGCCAUUUCCUACCUGGUUUCUUCUUAUCUGUUAAUCACAGACGACAAAAGCAACUAAAAGACUAGUAGGAUCCUUUCCUGCCAUAAGAAAUGUUUUAAUGCCUUUUGAUGAAGCAGAUUUUGGAACAAUCUUUUAACCCAAUUUGUAUUUAGAAAUUCUCAAAGGGCAAAAAACAGAGUUUUAUAAUGUCAGAGACUAGUAUUAAACAAAACUAAAAGAACCUAAGAGAACAGUAUGUGUGUAUAUAUAUUAAAAAUGUCCUUGGAAUUAAUAGCUACUAAUUACCAGGGUAAUAAUAUUAGCACUUUCUAAGCACUUCUUAUCAAUGCGUAAUGUUAGCAACAUCUUGCCCCUGGGCAGGACAAAUGGAAAACUGUAUAUGUCUUUUGCCGAAAUGCUAAUAAUUUCUGUGAAAACGCACUAGGGUACAGGAGACAAUCAUUUAUGUUUAAGAAGAGAUGGCAUCAUUCCUAAUUGUAUGCACACAUUGGUGGUGUUGAACUAAAUUCCUAUGAAUGAAUGAAAAUGUGGCUCAUCUGUAUCGUGCAGUAAGUGGGAGUGUGGAGGCACAGUUGAUGGUGACCCGAACUGGAAGCUUCCUCAGCUUUUGAGUUGAUGACGCUUGUCAGCUUCCCUGACCUCUGGUUCUGGUCUGUGACGGGCAUCUGCAGGCUCCUCCAAACCCGGGACUCCUUCUCAUGACUGGUUCUCAGAAUUGGAUUAUAGCCAGACAUUAACUGCCAGCUCGUGCAGCAACUGAGAACAUCCCCACAUCACCUCCACCACUCACGGCAGACAGAGCCUUCUGACCAAAAAGUGCAAGGUGGGCAUUUUGAACCCAACAGUAAUUCCUGAUUGCAGUCUGGGGCAGUUGCCCGUUGUUCAGACGGAGGAGUACAAAGGCUCCCUUCUCACAGGGUUUCCAUUCCAGACGUCUCCUUGAGAAGGGCUGUAUUCCUGCAGCUCACUCGAUGCUGUGAGGGGAUUCGGGGCCAGGGGGUGGGGGCGGUGCAGGAUUUUGCUGCCUGGCCAGGGUGGUGGUGGUGCAGCUGAAUGGAAGGUUUCUCGGUUGACCUUAAUUAUCAGGGUUUUCCAGAGUGUCUCCAGACUCAGCACUUCUGUUGGCAGUUCUCUGAAUGGUACUGGUACACCAUGCACUUUGAUUCCCCCAGGUGUGUGCCAGCAAAAAACCCUGGAGCAUUUUAGGUGAUGGAUGCAGAAGCAAGCUACCUGCUCUUAAAAAACAAAACAACAAAAACACAACAGAAAAAAACCCUUAACUCCCAAAGUUACCUUUUUUCUCUUAAGUUAUAGCAACCAUCGUUUACAAGAACAGAAUGCAGUUAUAAGGAGUUCUCUCUAGAGAAGAGACCCAUAAAUUCCCAUGGAUGCGAGCAGCGGGCAUUUCCUGCUUGGGAAAAGUGCCAUGUCCAAGACCCGGUCAGGUAUUCUUCAUUUCCUUUCUGUAUAGCCCAGAUUAAGGAAACAGUGAAAGUGAAAUUUGCGUCUCCCAGAUCUUUUGAUCACAUGGUAUCCAGAAAGAUCCCAGUGCACUUCCCCCUGCCUCUCAGGCACUCUCGGCCUGUCUCAGGCCAUAGAGGUGGGGCCUCAUGUGCUGUGUGGGUGCCCGGCCGGGCACUGCCUUAAGACAAACAGAAUGCUCUAUGCUGAAGUGUUAGCAGCACUUUGUGAAAGUCUAGUGGGAAUUAAGUGGAGACAGUAUCUCCAACUUCUAAAUUCCUAUUUGUUUUUAAGUGUAUUACUUGUAGUUCUUGUCUUGGAAGCAAAUUUUGUAAACAGUAAGGGUGCCCAUUAUAAAAUGAUGGAAAGAAUUUUAAUUUUGUCAGCUUAAAUUUUUGGUUUUCUAAAUUUGAUUUAAAUUUCAAAAUUAAGGAAAAAAGAAAAGAAAAAUACAAAAAACAACUAGCCAGGACAGUGCAGUUAGGGCAGGUCUGUUUCGUUUCUGCUCAGGAAGGAUUUUAGCAGAGGCUAUUUUCAACUGUUUAUGUAUCUUACAAGCAAGUUGCCUCUUUUCUGUUCUUUUCAUUUUUUAAUGUAAGCGUGUCUGUUGAUCACACAGGAGUUCUCUGGGAUUACAUGCUAUAUCACAUCCCCAGAUCUGAUUCUUGGUGUUGGGGAAAAGGCCCACCCCUUCUUCCUGGGGGUGGCCCUAGGAGUCCUAUGUCCAUUCGGCUUAUAGACUCAGGUUGCCAUCAGAUACUGGGACAGCUUAACCAAGACCUAGAUUGAGGUCCCGACCACACCACUGCUGAAGGAUUUUGGACUAGAGGUGACAACCUGCAGAAAAACUGAACCAUGUGGGUGAGUGAGUGCUGGACCCUGGCAGGACAGCCCUGGAGAAAAAUCAGUUUGACUUAGAGGGUUGUUGAUUCUGACCUGGUCCUGCCUCUUGAGUCCCUUCGCUGAUGGUGGCGGAUUGCAGUGGACCAUUUUGGCCUUGAACACUCAUUAGUUUCCCAGAUCCUCUUGGCCUUACUUUGAAGUAGCCUUUCCCUGAAGAUCAUGUUCACACAAGCUGAUUUCUUGCUGCCCCAAAUCAUUUUACACUUUUUGAUAGCAGGUCCGUCCCAUCUUGUCAGAUUGGUUAGAGAAGCCCAAAGUCCAGAACUUAAUUUAAAGGGAUCCCUAGCAAAUACUGAGGUUCAGCUUUCACAAGACUUUACCCCUCGUUUAUAGUCUGUGAGUCUAGAUUUAGUUAGGAAGGCCAGCCCUCUACUGAGAGUCUCUGAAAUAAGCCAACAACAGAUUCUUCAGCACACAGCCUGCCCACAUGUCCCUUCUGCUGGCCUGGCCCUUCCUCCCUUUUGAGGAGGGGUCCACUAGUGAAAGGAGAUGGCAGCACACAUCAGUGCUUCUUGAUGAAAUGGGCCCUUUUCCAGUGGUAUCUCAGAUAAAUGCUAGACAGUUGUAUGUUGAAACUGUGGAGGUCAUUACAUAGAAUCAUAAAACAGGACAGGAAGAGACUUAGAAAUAAGUCCAGAUUACCCAAACAAAUGAUACUUUCCAAGUUAUUCCACCCUUCUGAUUUGCAGUUUGUAUGUGUGUCUGUUGGGGGUAACCAUUAUUUAUUAUCUAACUUUUGCCAUGAGGCUGUGAUUGGGGUUCUUUAGGGUUUGGGUUUUUAUAUUUAAUUACAGGUGUAGUCACUUGUUGUAAGAGGUUAUGUAAAUGCCCUCAAGAGGGACUGUCUUCUAGCUUGUCAGUAUUAAAUGUGAACUCUGCUCUGAGGCAGUUGCCCACCAGCCACGGUGAGAGCGAGGGACGUACCUACUCCUGGGCUCCCUGAGGCAGUGGCCACAUGCUGGCUAGAGGACAUGGUUGCAGCCACAGCACAGACUCACUCAGCGCUUUCUGCCCGUGUCAGGGACAGCCAUGGCCAGGGAGCUAAGAAUCAGAAGGGCUAUACCUAAUGCUUUUAUUUUGGGGGGGAAAAAAAACACAUCCUAAUCCUUUGGGGGAAUUUCCAAUAGAGCAGUCUUGUUCCCCAGCCUGCCUCUGCCUGUCCUCAGCCAGCCCUUGGCUAUGGAUCCUACUUUCAGGACCUGAUCAGAUCAGAGUCCAGAAGCUUGUCACCCAUUUGCUGGUAGAAAGGGGCUACAGCAACCCACUACAGCCCCACUACAUGUACAGUGGGGCUGUAGAUGACAUUUCAACUCUUCUCUUAAUCUAGGCCACGAAAAGUCAUCUUCUUACCUUCACUUUCAUCCCAGCAUUGGUGUGGCGGGGGGAGGUGGAUAGUGCCCUUGAUAUCCUAGAAAGGUUGGAGCAGGCCAGGCAGAUGCCCAUAUGCUUCCUUUGUCCCCCUUCCAGUCUAGAUUGUACGGCUCUUUGAAAUGUCUUAACUUUGAUGUAAAUUUGUAAAGCCAAGCCCUCCUUGAGACAGACUGGGUUUGGGUCUUUUGUACACAGGGUUCUGGACAUCCUCCUGUGCGUGUCCAGACCUGGGGUCCCUUCAGCGGCAUUGUGCGUGUACAGAUUUAUAGGCUUGUAUGACUGAAUGAAUGUACAUGUGUUUAUAUCUUCUAUAUAUGUACAGUGUAUAUAGUGUGUGUAUGUGUACAUAGAUGUAUAUUAUGUAUACAGACAUGUAGCCAUGUAUCCAAAGUUCCCUUAUGUUUUAAAGAGAGCCUAUGAUAGAGUUGCUAAAGUACAUUGAUGUGGGUGUUCCAAGGUCCCUCAGCAGGAUGGAUUUGCUGAUAUUUUAACUCCAUUUUCCUUUGGGUGAGCCUGGCUGGGAAAGGCCAUGAAGACAGAAUCUCCAUCCUAUACCAGGUUAAGUUCCAGACAAAAGGUCCUGACAGAAGGACAUUGCUAUGUAUUAUAUAUUCUCUAGAUUCACACAGUGGCCAGGAAGCUAGAAAACCAUUUAUCCUAAAGUCAAGAAAACUAGGUGGGGAAUCUUUGACCUGGCUGCCACAUGCCUGUUUAUGGCCUGACUAGAAGGAACUUGGCGGCUGGAGCUGUCGGCUUUCCCAGGUACUCACUCUGUUAUGUGGUCCAGAGAUCAGCCUCAUGGUCACAGAUUCAGAACGGUCCAUGUGCUAGGGUCUGCUUCCCAGGUCUGUGCUUGCUCUGGACUUAGCCAUCAGCGGGCACUGCCCUGUGACUCAACAGAUUCCCAUCUCUAAUGCCAGUUGAAAAAAAUCUACCAAAUAGUCUUUUAAAAUAAGCAUGAAUAAGAUAACUAACUUAUGGCAUAGAAAUUACAAAUUUUAAAUCACUUCUCUAACUGUAGCAUGUGAAUAAAAUCCACUGACAUAAAUCCUUUCUAUAAUUUAAAAUUCUCAGAUAAAAUGGCAUUUUAAUAUGGCUAUUUGUACCCUUAAAGCUACAGAUGCUAGGCCUAUUCUGAUUAAAUUUCCCCCGCCAACUGGGCUUUAAACUGAGACACAGCACUCAGGAGCCAGGGCCCAGCCCAGCAGAGCUGCUUACAGACCUGGGACAUGGGGCCUGCCUGGCCAAGGGCUGCAAGCUGGCCCGCUGAAGGGAGUCCCCAGGGAACUGCAAAAACACAUAAUCCACAGGUUUUCUGUUCUUUGUUGGUGGUGGUGAUGGUUUGUUGUUUGUUUUUUUAAAUAAGCUACUGAAAUAGUUUGUAAACACUUCAUUGAGACCAUAGUACUCAGUGCCUUUUGUGAGACUGUGGGUCAUUUAGCCUUCAGCUUCCCCUCUAUUGGAUGUUAAAAACAAAUAAACAAAAAGCUCCUGCUGCUUCACUGGCCUCAUCCAACACUGCUUAUUUGACCCUUGCCCCUGCCCUUGUCUGUUGUGACAAUCACGCUAUGGAAGGUGGCUUUCCAGUUAAAAUAUAAGAGGAAGCUUGACAGUCUCUAAAUGAAUCUUCAGAAUAAACAUUUUCAUUUGGGGAGGGUAUAUUUUAACAGCAAUCUAAGAAAAAUUAAACUCUGAACUUAAGAAGAGUAUCUUGGGGGUGGGGAAUUCCUGAGAUACUUUUAAAGCCCCGCUAGGCUUUCAGUUCUGAAGCCGAUAAUCUGGUGUCUCACUAUGUAUACAUGCAGCAUAGAAACAAAUGCCGUAAAUAUUGGGAAAAAAUGUUCGGCAACAUUUAUCAACUGACAGACUGAUAAGCUUCAUAUUUGGAUAACAUUUGGAAGUACUAAGACUUUUGGGUUACAAAUGGCUUGUCUUAGGAUCAUAUACUCACUCACCAUUUUAACGACGAGAGCAUCCCUGGACUCAGAUGCUGCCGCCACAUACAACCCAAGUGCUGGAAUAUUUUUCUACAGUCUCUGUUCUCCCCAUUCUCUUGUAAACCAGUGUUCAACUAGUUUUAUAACUGAAAAGCUGCACAUUUUUUCAUAGUACAAACCAUAGUUUUUACCUGUAGUUUGGACCUCUCUGUUAAAAUAUAACUGCAUUACCGCCCUUUUAAAAGACAUCUGUUAAAGGAAAAUUCGGGUGUUAGAUUUCUUGGGACCGUUUCUGUAACUUCUGCCCUUCACAAUAUAGAAAAUACUGUUUAUGCCAUUACAUUUUAAUUCCAGGUUUAAAACCUGUUGAAAGCUGUAGCUUGAAAUCAGCUUUGUUUAUGUGAUGGCAUUUAAAAAAUAGCAUGUUCUUUUUAAACUGAAUUUUAUAUCUAAUCAGUGUCUUCAGUCUUGAAGAAGAAUUUGCAUUGUUGUGUUUGUAUAUAGAGUAUUGCAGUGCAUGAAUUAGCUUUAUGCAUUUUAUUAAAUGCUGUUUCAAUGUGGCAUUAUUGUUGUGGCUUAAUACUACUACCUAAAUAAGGUUUAUACUAUUAAAAAAGUGGAUUAAAGACUAAA